AUGUCGCCGUCUCUGUUGGUCUUCCUGUCUGGGCUGCUUCUCGUCUGUCGCGCUCAGACCACCCGGCAGCGCUGCGCCUCGGACCCAACCUUCAGGGCACCCAAAAACUCUGACAUCACAGUGACCUGUGGGACCAAUGGGAUGGCCUUGAGCAUCCUGCUGUGUCCGGUGUACUUCGGCGGCUACAACGAGACGCUCAUGGCCCUCAACGGCAAGUUCCAGACAGCAGAGUGCCAGGGCAGCGCCAACCUCACAGCCAACCCUCCGUACCUCCAGUUCAACUUUGGGAUCAGCGAACAGGCCAUCAACACCUGCGGCAACGAACUGAAGAUCACCAGUCAAUCAGGAUCAGGGGUGUUUUCUGAUUACUCUAGCGUGCAGCAUGUAAACAUCUCAGGAUUCAUCAACUCCUACGACCCCAACGCUGGAACCAUCACAUACAAGGUGGAGGUCAAGUACCAGUUCUCCUGUCAGUACCCACUGCAGUAUUUUGUCAACAACACAGAACUAAGCGUGUCAGGCGUGAGUCUUGCUGUUAAAGACAACAAUGGCAGCUUCAUUAGUACACUGAGCAUGUCACUCUACACGGAUCAAGACUACAAACAGCCAAUGUCAAUGCCACAAACCGGACUCCAGCUGAAAACUCGAAUCUUUGUGGAGGUUCGGGCCACCAAUCUCACCAACAGGUUCAAUGUUCUCCUGGACCGUUGCUAUGCCAGCACCAACCCCACGCCCAUGAACAGCACCUUCUACGACCUGUUUGUUGGGUGUACCAGAGAUCCACAGACCGUGCUGCACCUGAACGGCGUCUCCCAGAGAGCCCAGUUCUCCUUCGAGGCGUUCCGCUUUACAGAGCACAAGAACAAGACCGUCUCCAUGUUCUACCUGCACUGCCUCACCCGACUGUGUGAGAACUCCACCUGCGCCGCCAUGAUGCCAACCUGCAACUCGAGGAGAAGAAGGGAGGCGGAGUCUUUUUGGGCCAAUAGACAGAGGAGAGAGGCGGAGUCUGAAUCGUCUGAUGUUGCUAUGGUGUCAUCCGGGCCAAUCUUCACAAGAAUUGAAAGCGGUGCCACUGGCUCCACCAACCCUGGGGGUGAUUUGACAGGAGUGGCGGUUGCCGUGGGGAUCCUGUUCGCCUCCUGUGUUGGCAUGGCAGCCAUCAUCACAUACCUGGUGAGGAGGAGGAUGACUCGCCGAGCUUGA